AUGCCUGCGUCAAUCCCAAGGGUGUCACCCUUUACCCAGGCGGUUGUACAGGCAAUGCGGAAGCUGUACCCCGAGAAGCUCGCAGACAGCAGCUUUGACAAUACCGGACUCCUUCUCGAAGCACCGUAUCGACAGCAACAUCUCAAGAACUCAGUCCUUCUCACGGUGGACCUCACAAAAGCCGUAGCAGAUGAAGCAAUCAACAGAGGAGACUCGGUGAUUAUUGCAUAUCAUCCAAUCAUCUUCCGGCCUCUGAAGUCCCUCACUCAAGCAAAUUCUCAGCAACACUCCCUUCUACGGCUCGCUCAAGAAGGCAUCAGCGUGUACAGCCCUCAUACGGCAGUAGAUGCUGUGGGUUUGAAUGAAUGGCUAGCAGACAUCGUGACUUGCAGUAACGAGUUUGGAAAUCCUGGAGCAAGUAAAACCACUGUCCAUGAGAGAUCCGUGAUCACUCCCAUCAAAGAUGCCGUAGAAGGAUUCGAAGGUGCCGGAUAUGGCAAAAUCGUGCGUUUCCGCACCCCGCAAAAGCUUGGAGAUAUCAUCGGUCGAAUUACCUCUGGGCUUGUACUCCCCAGUCUCCACGUUGCCGUUCCACAAUCUGUCACAGCCGACAAGUCUCAGAUCAAGAUCUCUUCCAUUGGACUCUGUGCAGGAUCCGGUAGCAUGCUCAAUGGACUGGAUGUCGACUUGCUCUUCACGGGAGAACUAAGCCAUCACGAAGCACUGGCUGCGAUUGAACAAGGGAAGUGUGUCAUCACCACUUUUCACAGCAAUACCGAGAGGCUAUACUUGAUGACGACCAUGCAAAAUAAGCUGUUUCCGGAGAUUCGAAAACAGAUCGAUGCCUCGAUUAAAGCAGGUACUUGGGAACAAGGCCUGACGAUGGACUUUCAAAUCGACGCGAGCCAUGUUGAUAGAGAUCCUUUCGAGAUGGUUGCUAGUCAUCGAAAGGAAUGGUGA